GAGCGCGCGAGCCGGCGGCGGGGGCGGGCGGACGGGCAGGCGGGCCGGGCGGAGGCGGCGGCGGCCAGAGCUCAGAGCCUGAGGAGCCCGGCCGGGCCGAGCGGAGCGGCGGGGCGGCGGUCGCGAUCGAGGUGGGGCCGGGAGAGGCUGGCGCGCCGGGCGGCUCCGCGAAUCCUCCGGCAUCCGCCCCGGCGGGCCGCCCCCGCCCGCGGCAGCCCCCAGAGCAGCGGCCCGGUACCGGCGCCUUCCCGGCGGGUAAGCGUGAGUCAUGGAGCUGCGUGUGGGAAACAAGUACCGCCUGGGCCGGAAGAUUGGGAGCGGCUCCUUUGGCGACAUCUACCUGGGUGCCAACAUCGCCUCUGGUGAGGAGGUAGCCAUUAAGCUGGAGUGUGUGAAGACGAAGCACCCACAGCUGCAUAUCGAGAGCAAGUUCUACAAGAUGAUGCAGGGGGGAGUGGGGAUCCCGUCCAUCAAGUGGUGUGGGGCCGAGGGCGACUACAACGUCAUGGUCAUGGAGCUGCUGGGGCCCAGCCUCGAGGACCUCUUCAACUUCUGCUCCCGCAAGUUCAGCCUCAAGACGGUGCUGCUCCUGGCCGACCAGAUGAUCAGCCGCAUUGAGUACAUUCACUCCAAGAACUUCAUCCACCGGGAUGUCAAGCCUGACAACUUCCUCAUGGGGCUGGGGAAGAAGGGCAACCUGGUCUACAUCAUUGACUUUGGUCUGGCCAAGAAGUACCGGGACGCCCGCACCCACCAGCACAUCCCCUACCGGGAAAACAAGAAUCUGACUGGCACUGCCCGCUAUGCCUCCAUCAACACCCACCUGGGCAUUGAGCAAAGCCGUCGAGAUGACCUGGAGAGCCUGGGCUACGUGCUCAUGUACUUCAACCUGGGCUCCCUGCCCUGGCAGGGCCUCAAGGCAGCCACCAAACGCCAGAAGUACGAGCGGAUCAGCGAGAAGAAGAUGUCCACGCCCAUUGAGGUCCUCUGCAAAGGCUACCCCUCCGAGUUCUCAACAUACCUCAACUUCUGCCGCUCGCUGCGGUUUGACGACAAGCCUGACUACUCCUACCUGCGCCAGCUCUUCCGCAACCUCUUCCACCGACAGGGCUUCUCCUAUGACUACGUCUUCGACUGGAACAUGCUCAAAUUCGGUGCAGCCCGGAACCCCGAGGACGUGGACCGGGAGCGGCGAGAACACGAGCGCGAGGAGCGGAUGGGGCAGCUGCGGGGCUCCGCCACCCGGGCCCUGCCCCCUGGCCCACCUACUGGGGCCACGGCCAACCGGCUCCGCAGUGCCGCCGAGCCUGUGGCUUCUACCCCGGCCUCCCGAAUCCAGCAAGCUGGCAAUACCUCUCCCAGAGCGAUCUCACGGGUGGACCGGGAGAGGAAGGUGAGCCUGAGGCUGCACCGGGGUGCACCUGCCAACGUCUCCUCUUCAGACCUCACUGGGCGGCAAGAGGUGUCCCGGAUUUCAGCCUCACAGACAAGCGUGCCAUUUGACCACCUCGGGAAGUGAGGAGAGCUGCCCUCGGACCAGUGUUUGCUUAGUGUCUUCACUGUAUUUUUUUUUAAAAAGCAAUGAAAAAGGUGGAGGAAAAAAACCACUCUGAGAACAGAAAGGAAAAAACAACCCAGCACAAAACUGAUGAUGGAUUUUGCUUGUUACUUUUGUCAACGGCAAGAAGACGGGCCACCCUCUGCACCAAGGAUGCCUGUCCCCUUGCAGUGCUCGUUGCCCCAACUUCAGGCUGCCAAGUGAUCCCCCAGGACACAGAGCCAGCCACCUCUUCCUGCCAACCCCUGCGCCAGCUGUGGGCAGAUGAUGGUGAUGGUGGUGUAGGUGGUGUAGUGAGUAGCUCAACCGCCCAGAGGCAAGACCCACCAGGAUGGCAGAGGUGGACAUUGCCCACCCCUGUGAAAGGACAGUGGCCAGAUUUCCUGUGCUGGGCUAUUCCAACAUCUUAAGCGCUUGGGUCCCACCCUGUCUCCUCUCCGUGAAGACCCUGCGUUGGGGAAAAGGUGGCCCCGACUCCCUGUGCACACGUGCGUGUACGUGUCAGGCCUGUCACUCCCAGCACAACAGGGCAACCCCUGCCAGGCCCAGUCUGUGUCCUCCCCUGCCUAGGAAAAGGGGGUGGGCAGUGGCCUCUGUAUCCCUCAGGUCAUGGGGGUCCUGCCAUCCCCAUCCCUACCUGUACCCCACCAGCAGCCUGUGGGAGCCCCAUCUUCCACUCCUGGGCGUAGGGCAGCUUAUGGGGCCCACUGCUCCCAGGCGCCUGGGUCUGGGUGGUAGGUGACUGCUGGGUCCCAGGGUGAGCCAAGCAGGAGCCCUGAGUCAGGGCUGGGCGUUGGAUUUAUGCAUUCUUCCUGGUUAACACCUGUUUUUUGUUUGUUUGUUUUCUCUGUGUAUUUCCUGUUUCCUAAUUUAUUUACCUCUGUUUCCGUUUUCCUUUUUUUUUUUUAUUGAUUAAAGAGCAAAGCUUUUUAUUACUUUGUAAUUUAAAAAACUGAAAAAAAAAUACUGAAGAACUUCGGGGGGAAUUUUGUACUUUUUUCCUGUGUAAAUAUUGGACUUUUUUGAGCUUUAUUGUGGUUGUUACUUUGAAGUAAUAAAGUAGAAAAGGAUCAAGUCA